UGAAUCUCACUCAUUCUCACUGAUACACUGAAUAUUCAAUUUUGAUGUGCAAAUUGCAAACGUUCUUACAUGACGUAUAGAUGCAUACCAGAAUGGCGACAAAAUUCAAAAAUUUCAGAAGACGACUUCAACCAGUUUAAUUUAACGAUGAAUUUUUUAUUUAAUUUUUUUCAAAGGAGAAAGACUGUGAUUAACGUUCAUUGCUUUUUCAAUGAAUAAAAAGAAUAAAAUUUAUGAUUGUCUUCACAAUGUUUUUAAGUAUGACGAAUUUAAGUCAAAAGUUCAAAAAGAUACUGUUAGCUCUGUGGUAAAAGGAAAGAACGACGUAUUUGUCUCAAUGCCAACUGGAUCUGGAAAGUCUUUGGUUUAUCAAUUGCCUGCAAUUAUUUCUCAUGGUGUGACAGUUGUCAUUUCACCAUUGCUUGCUCUGAUUCAAGAUCAAGUUGAUGCAUUGAAAGCACUUGGUGUUUGUGUUGCAGCAUACAAUUCCAAUGUUGGCUUUGAUGAAAGACUGGAGAUAAAAUGCAAUGUUUUAAUGAAAAACCCAUCCAUUAAAUUGUUAUAUGUAACACCAGAACUCCUACAAACCAACGAUUUUCGAAACAUCUUAAGAAAAAUGAAUGAAUCAGGAAAUUUGGCUUACUUUGCAGUUGAUGAGGCACAUUGUGUUUCACAAUGGGGUCAUGACUUUAGACCAGCCUAUGUUAAACUUGGUGAAAUUAGACUAAUGUUCCAUGAUGUACCCUGGAUUGCCCUUACUGCUACAGCAACCAAGCAUGUUCAACAAGACAUUGUUGAAUUACUACAGUUUAAUCAUCCUGUUGCUAUGUUUAAGAUUGGAUGUUAUAGAUCAAAUUUGUUCUAUGAUGUAAAAUUCAAAGAACUUCUACAUUGUCCUCAUGAAGACUUGAUCACCUAUGUUAAACAAGUGCUGAAGAUUGAUGGAUCUCACACUCCAUAUACAUCAAAUGAUUGUGGCAUUGUUUACUGUCAUACCAAAGAGAACUGUGAAAAUAUGGCGAGCAAGUUAUCAGAAAGAGGCAUAAAAACAAAGGCUUAUCAUGCAGGUUUGUCAUCAAAACUACGUAAUGAGGUUCAACAGCAAUGGAUGAGCGGAAUGGUGACCGUUAUUGCAGCCACAAUAAGUUUUGGUAUGGGUGUAAAUAAAUCCUCCGUUAGGUUUGUUGUUCAUUGGAAAAUCCCGCAGUCUGUGGAAAGAUACUAUCAAGAAAGUGGACGGGCUGGUCGUGAUGGCAAGAAAUCUUUUUGUAGACUUUACUAUUCAAAAUACGAAAAGGAACAGAUUCGGUUUUUGUUGAAGAAAGACAUCUAUAAUAAAAAAAAGAGUGAAAAAGCUACGAACAACACAGCUACAAUAAAGAGUUUUCAGGUUUUAGUCGAGUAUUGUGAAACAGCAAGAUGUCGACAUGGAUAUAUUUCUGAAUAUUUUGGAGAUGAUAAACCACAGUGUAAUGAAAUGUGCGACUUUUGUUGUAAACCAACGGAAGUAAAACGUAUGAUUGAGCAUUUUCGUGGUGGAGUGGUUGUAAGUGGGCGAUAUUCUCGUUACUCAAAAAGAUCAUCAGAAUUUGAUGAAGAUGAUAGCAACCUUUAUGGUGAUGGAAAAUACGGUGCAGAUACCAGAUAUUUCGGCGAUGAAGAAACUGAUGUAACUUAUGAGGCAAAGUGCAAAAAAAAUCGCAUAGCGAUUGUUCAAGAAGAAUUCAAAAAGAGAAAGGUCAGAUCAAAAAGAAAUACGAACUCUGGGAAUGAAAUUGAAAAUAUUUUAGGUCUUUCUGGUCGGGUUAAAGGAAUGAAUUUAUUGCAUAUUCCCAAAUUACCUCUAAAGGUUCGCGAAUUCUGUUUGGACAGAUUUGAACAAGCUUUGAAAACUAACAUCGAGAAGUUCGACAGUGACAAUUUUUAUACAUCAGUGAGCUCUGCUGAAGAAUUGGCUAUAGACCUUGAAUAUGAUAUUUUCCUCGCCAAUCGAACUUCACAAAUGUACAAACUAACCAUUCAAAAACAGGUUGAUAAAAUUAAUCGAUUGACUGAUCGUGGAGAGCUAUACGCCAAGGAAAAUGACCUUGAAUCCAAAGUAGAACAGAUUGACAAAGAAAGUUCAAUCGAGAAUAGGUUCAAACGAGGCGAGUUUGUUAAAGUAUCAGAAUUAAUUCCGAAAACAAGUAAUUGUGAACACAAAGUACUCGAGCCUAGCGAAAUUUGUGAACAUUCUUAUAUAAAAGAAGAAUCUAAAGAAAUAUACAGUACAGAAUUUGCUACUGUAACUACGGCUAAACGAGAGAAAAUUUUCAUCGAUUUAACUUCAGAAAACGAUACACUGGAGAAUCCUGAUCUUAGUGAAGAAGUAGUUGAGACUGAAGUUCCAACGGAAAUUAUGGACAUAGACUGUGAUAUUGAGAGUAGCUCAUCUUCCGUCGUUACAAUCAGUUCUUCAGCCAUAAAGCCUUUAAAAGGAUCACGUGAUCGAGAAAGUCCUACGUCAUCAGUUUUGGAAACUUUGAAAAGGCCAUCUAUUAGUAAGGAUGUACAGAAGAUACUUGCUAAAAGAAAACACCAUUGUAAACAAGAAAAUGAUGUAAUACCCUGUCUUCCACCUUUACCGUCUCUCGCGGACUCAUUCAGUAACACUUCGAGUGUAAAAAACGAACUUUCACCGAGAACAAAUUUUAAAAAAGAGGAAGAAGAUCCAGCUUAUUCGAUUAACGAACCGCCGAACCAACAUCAGGAUUCAACAUUGUCCAUCAAUGUAAAACCAUGCAUAAGAAAUACCACUUUCAAUGAAGCGCACGUUUCGUUUUCAACCGCAGAUCUUACGGUUCCAAAAAUUGGAUUUCUUGUGAAAUCAUCACCACCAGAUAAACAUUCCAACUUGCCAUCAGGCCAAACUUGGAAUGUCGAUGCAAAAGAUUCAUGCUCUUUGCCGUAUGAUUGCAAUCCAAUGUCUUUUGAUACAUCGUCAUCAGAAAGUUUAACUUCGACUUCACGAACUUUCACCAGGAAUGUACAUGAUUGUCCUGAUAUAUCUCCAAGACUUUCCUACUCGGGAUCAAAAAAGUCCUCUGGGGAUUUUUUCUCUGUGCCUUCGGAUCCCAGACUUCAUCACAGUAAAUCAAAGAAUGAAACAUCGAUGACGUCAUCAUUAUCUAAAGGUUUAGAUACUCAUACAUCCACAUCAUCCAUAAAUCCUCGUGAAAAUACAAAAAAUACUGGACAAGCUAAAGCUCAAAAGAUAACGUUCUCUCUCAACAAUGUUCGAGCUCCAAUCUACAAAAUGAGUUGAUGUUCCCAAAUAAUAAGAAUGAAACAAAUAAAGUAAAGCCUAAAUUAAAGAAUACCGUAAAAAUAUGCAAUAAAAUGGACAAGGAUAAAGCAAGCAAGAAAGAUUGUGCAGACAUCAUCGUACGAUACCUUACACCUUAUUAUAAAUCUGGCGAGAUUGAAUCAAAAACUCUUUUCAAGACACUUGCCAAAGAAAUGACUGAAAGAUUAAUUAAAGACAUGGGAAAUAUGUCUAGUGAUAAGUUGAAACAAAUUGCCAAGUCUCUGGUGAAAUUAUAUUUUGAUGAUAGGCGACGAUGUUCAUCAAAUACCAAAAAUAAGAUGUUUGUGACUGCAGGAGUAAUUUUACUGUGUCUAGUGCACCAGAAGGGAUUUGAAGUUAUGCAAAAAAGUGUGCAAACUUAAAUUAGUUGUGUUUGUUAGGGACGUUCAUCAGUGGCUUAACUUUCAUUGUGGUUGUUGUAGAAAUGAAUAUCUUCUUGAUAAAAAAUUAUCAUAAUUGAAGUUAAUAUAAAUAUUUAUUUUUGCUAUA